AUGAGCGCCGCUGUAGCCGAAGGCGAAGCGGGGACAGAUGUCGACGUGGAGGCGGAGGCGGCGGGCGGGGCCAGCCGGGACAUUGCCAGCGGCGCUGUCCCGCGUGCCAAGCAGGUCAAUUUAAACUCAGAUGACCCCCUGGAACGCAUCGCCGCCCGCCGAGCUCGCAUCGCUGUCCGCCUGGAGGCGAAACGACGGGAAGCCCUUGGGGAAGAUCCGGAUGCAAAAAAAUUUGUAGAAGAGGAACAGAGCAGGAGUUACAAGCAAAUAGAAGACAGUAGACAGAGAUUGGCCAAAUUGUUGCUUGAUGGCACACAGCUAGUAACAAACAUCCAGGUGGCAGCUGAUGCUCGGGAGGCACACAGGAGAUCAGAGGAAGAAGAGCUGACUCGGCAAAGGGUUGAGAAACUGGAAAAUGAAGCCAAGGCCAACUUGGAUAAGUUUGAUGAGAUCACUGCCAAGUGGGCCAAGGCCAAGCAGAAGAUCAUCCCCCAGGAUCUCUGGGAGGCUCUAAAUCUACAGCAGCAGCACUGUGCAUUGCUGAUUGAAGAGAAGAACAAGGUUAUUAGUGAGUUGCAACAGGAAUUGAAGAGUAAAGAUGAUCAGUAUGUGAAGGAUCUUAGGAAACAGAAUGAAGACAUUAAUUUGCUGCUUGAGCGAAUGGAAGAACAGAUCCGAAAUCUCGUUAAAAUCUACCGUCGAGAACUUUUGCAUAUAGAGAAAGCCUUUGAAUUGGAGCGUCGUGAACUUCUCACAAGCAACAAAAAGAAAUGGGAGCAAGCCAUGCAAGCUCUCAACCGACAAGAGUUGGAUUUUAUGAUGGCUCGCUUGAAGAAGGUGGAGGAGUAUGAACAGGAGCUGAACCAACUGCGGGUGCAAGAUGCUGAGGAGUACAAUGUUAUAAAGAUCAAAUUGGAGCAUGAUGUGCAGAUCCUGGAGCAGCAGCUCCAGCAAAUGAAAGCCAUCUACCAACUAAAUCAAGAGAAGCUGGAAUACAAUUUCCAAGUGCUGAAGAAGAGGGAUGAUGAGAACACCAUAAUCAAAUCCCAACAGAAGCGGAAGCUCAAUAGACUGCAUGAUGUGCUCAAUAACCUGCGCCUAAAAUUAGCCAAGCAGAUCAAGCAGUAUCGUGAGGAGAACUUGACACUGACAGCUGACUAUAAGCGGAUUGUGGAGCAGUUCAAGGACUUGCAGAGAACAAUGAGACAUUUUGCCAUUGUGGACGCUGAACAUUUCCUGGAUGUGUGGCUGAUGAAUGAAGAAGAGGCCAAAGCGCUGAUUCGCAAAGCCUUUGAUGCUGACCGUGUCAUCCAUUCUCAGCAGUUGGGGUUGCCCUGGACUGAACCUGAUGGUUGGUUCCUACACAACGUGGGACCUAUCAUCCAUACUAAGAAGAUAAAAUCAGCCAAUGAGCUGGCCCGUGAAGUGAUCACACCUGAGAGUAAGCAAAAGGGUGAGGAACCUGAACCAGAAUCAAAGAAACGUUGGUCUAUUUCAAGAAAGAUCAUCAAGCACAUUCUGGAGCUCCUUUGUGAUGAGUCGGGCUUUUUGAUUGAGAGCAAGCUUCGGGGUCUCCUGCAACCUCUAGAGAGGCCUGAUCGCGUUCUCAUGGAGCUGGACUCCAUCUUCACCGCCCUGUCCAUUGACAGUGAAGAUGAUGUGUAUCAAAUGGCAGAGUUUUUCAUGAAUUUCAAGGCUCAGAAGAUGGCUGGUUCACAGGACUUAGAUCCUGUAGUGGCAGAUACAAUUGUCAAAGAAGUAUCUAGAGAUGCAGUGAGUCUAGGAGAGGAGGAGAAGGAGGAGGUUUCUGUAGAAUCACAAGAGGAGGACAAAGUCUCCACGGUUACAACAGUGCCCCUUUCUGCAGUUUACAUGCAUCCUGAUGACAUUUUGAAGGCUCUCAAGGCAUUUGUGCAAGAAUUUCAGAUGUCAAGGGACCAAUGGCCACAGAUAAAGAAAGCACAUGAAGAGCGAGACAACUCUAAAGAUUCAGAAUAUUGGGAUGCAUUGGCUCAUGUUAUCCCAGAUGGAAAACUGAAGCUGUGGGAUGCUCUGAUUGUUGCCUUGCAAAAAUACUAUCAUUUUCUGACUCUGAGGGCAAAGUUGAUUGAAGAGACUGAUGGGCUGACUCAGCAGAAUGAAGAACUUCAGAUACUGCUACAGCAAUAUUUACAAUCCCCGGCCAAUGCUGCGUUGCUCAUCCCACCAACCCACCUACUGCAUCUGCAGAUGAAUAACCCAUGA